UCCCUUCUUCACAAAAAGGAAAAAAAUUAGGAAAUCGUAGGUCCUUGGGUUUUUUUUUCUAUCCUUAGUCAGAAAGCUCGAAAGGUCACACGGUAAUGAGCACUCACAGCAAACACACUGUCUCCCCCCACCAUUCCCUUCUAUCCCACAAUAAAAUCAUCUCCUUCAAUUUGCCAUGAUCGUCGCGACCAGGAGCCAGGUGAUUAUCCUAAUUAAUGUCUAUCUAAUUAAAUUACUGUCAGCGGUUAACCAAUGGCAGGAGCCGUUUCAUCCGCUCCACAAGCAGCAAGAUCAAAAGUGAGUCUUUCCUUAUUGCUGCAUAGUGUCAAUUGGCCAAUCUCUUCUCCCAGGGAAAAAAAAAAGUAAAUCAAACGUUGGGGAAGCGUUUGGUGGGAGAAAUGCUUUCUGCCUCGGGAGGGUCCCAGGAUGUCUAGUUUAUGUUAAGAGGAGCCCUUUAGAACCAGAGACUGAAGGGUUAUUGUAUUGGUGCUAGAGCUAUGCAGCUGGAGCAUUGUCUUUCUCCCUCUAUCAUGCUCUCCAAGAAAUUUCUCAAUGUGAGCAGCAGUUAUCCACAUGCAGGCGGAUCUGAGCUUGCCUUGCAUGAUCAUCCCAUUAUCUCGACCACUGACAACCUGGAGAGAAGUUCACCUCUGAAAAAAAUUACCAGGGGGAUGACGAAUCAGUCAGAUACAGACAAUUUUCCUGACUCCAAGGACACACCAGGGGACGUCCAGAGAAAUAAACUCUCUCCCGUCUUGGACGGGGUCUCGGAGCUUCGUCACAGUUUCGAUGGAUCUGCUGCAGAUCGCUAUCUGCUCUCUCAGUCCAGCCAGCCCCAGUCCGCUGCCGCUGCUCCCAGUACCAUGUUCCCUUACCCCAGCCAGCAUGGACCCGCUCACCCAGCCUUUUCCAUCGCCAGUCCAAGCCGCUACAUGGCUCACCAUCCUGUGAUCACCAAUGGAGCUUACAACAGCCUCCUGUCCAACUCUUCUCCACAAGGUUACCCUACGGCAGGCUACCCUUACCCCCAGCAGUACGGCCAUUCCUACCAAGGGGCGCCUUUCUACCAGUUCUCCUCCACCCAGCCGGGGCUGGUGCCCGGCAAAGCUCAGGUCUACCUGUGCAACAGGCCACUCUGGCUGAAAUUUCACCGGCACCAGACAGAGAUGAUCAUCACCAAACAAGGGAGGCGCAUGUUCCCUUUCCUAAGUUUUAAUAUUUCUGGUCUGGAUCCCACGGCUCAUUACAAUAUUUUUGUGGAUGUAAUUCUGGCCGAUCCCAACCACUGGAGAUUUCAAGGAGGCAAAUGGGUUCCUUGCGGCAAGGCGGACACCAAUGUACAAGGAAACCGAGUGUAUAUGCACCCCGAUUCCCCCAACACUGGAGCCCACUGGAUGCGUCAGGAAAUCUCUUUUGGGAAAUUAAAACUUACAAACAAUAAAGGAGCCUCAAACAACAACGGGCAGAUGGUGGUCUUGCAGUCCUUACACAAGUACCAGCCCCGUUUGCAUGUGGUGGAGGUGAACGAAGACGGGACGGAGGAUACUAACCAGCCGGGCCGAGUGCAGACUUUCACCUUCCCGGAGACUCAGUUCAUAGCUGUCACCGCCUACCAGAACACCGAUAUUACACAAUUGAAAAUAGAUCACAACCCUUUUGCAAAAGGCUUUCGAGACAAUUAUGAUACGAUCUACACGGGCUGCGACAUGGACCGGCUCACGCCUUCCCCCAAUGACUCCCCCCGCUCGCAGAUCGUGCCCGGGGCCCGCUACGCCAUGGCCGGCUCCUUCCUGCAGGACCAGUUCGUGAGUAACUACGCUAAGUCCCGCUUCCACCCCGGUGCUGGCGCUGGCCCGGGGCCGGGCAGCGACCGCAGCGUGCCCCACACCAACGGGCUGCUCUCUCCCCAGCAAGCCGAGGACCCCGGGGCCCCGUCCCCGCAGCGCUGGUUUGUCACCCCGGCCAACAACCGCUUAGAUUUCGCCGCCUCCGCUUACGACACGGCCACUGACUUUGCUGGCAAUGCCGCCACCCUGCUGUCCUACGCAGCGGCCGGGGUCAAGGCGCUGCCCCUGCAGGCGGCUGGGUGCACGGGGCGGCCGCUGGGCUACUACACCGACCCCUCGGGAUGGGGCGCGCGUAGCCCCCCGCAGUACUGCAGCAAAUCCAGCUCCAUGCUCUCCUGCUGGCCCAACAGCGCAGCGGCGGCCCGGAUGGCCACCAGCAACCCGUACCUAGGGGAGGAGGCGGAUAGCCUGGUCACCGAGAGAUCCCCCUUGCCGGGCGCUGAGGACUCCAAGCCCAAAGACUUGUCUGACUCCAGCUGGAUCGAGACCCCCUCGUCCAUUAAAUCCAUCGACUCCACUGAUUCUGGGAUUUACGAGCAGGCCAAGAGGAGGCGGAUCUCGCCCUCGGACACCCCGGUGUCGGAGAGCUCCUCUCCCCUCAAGAGCGAAGUGCUGACCCAAAGGGACUGUGAAAAGAACUGCGCCAAGGACAUCGGCUACUAUGGCUUCUACUCCCACAGCUAGACUCUGCCCCGUCCCUUCCCGUCCCUUUGCAUUCGGUCGCCCACCGCCACGCUCUCGAGUGAAUACAACAGUCCUUUUGCACAGCAACUUCUCAGCAGUUAGCGCACUGAUCCCAACUUUAGCUGUUUCUUUUUAUGUCCCCCCCGAAAGAGUUUUAGCUGUAAUU